AUGCCGGCGACCAGCCCCUCCAACUCACCAGGCGCCACGACUCUGUCUCUCAGAUUCGUCGACUCCACCCACCCGGAGCCGAAGAAGAAGAAGGCUCACAGGAAGAGCAGAGGGGGCUGUUCGUCAUGCAAGAAGAGAAAGGUAAAAUGCGACGAGUCAAGCCCCUGCGCGAACUGCAUCAGACGGAACGAGACGUGCACGCAGCCGCAGAAGCCCUCGACCCCGGAGACUGACGCUUCGCCGCCCGCGAGGCAGGUGGACGCCUCGGGACCCGUGAACCUCCUCCACAUGGAACUCCUCCACCACUUCCAACACGCGACGAUCCCCACGCUCUGCUUCGCCGACAUCUGGGCGUCCGUCAUGCCGCUCGCCUUUCGAGCAGAUUACCUCAUGACGGCCAUGCUCGCCGUCUCGGCACGACACCUCAGCACCCUUGGACCAGAGGACGCCGUUUACGGGGAAGCGGCCAUGGCUCUGCUGUCCCGCAGCUGCGCCCUCUUCGGCGCCGCACUCGGCCGGGAAGACGGUGGCGGGUACGACCCGCUGUUCUUCACGGCCCAGCUCAUACACUACCUCGCGUGGUGCAAUCUCGAAUUCCUUGACCGCAGCGGCACCACUCUCAACCUCUCACGAGACCAGCUCUUCCUGCUCAGCUCCGGUGUGCGGGUAUUCCUCUCCCAGACGAGGGCGCAGGGUGCAGACAGCAUCUUUGCCAGAGCGUGGCAGGAGUCCCCGUGCGAUGCGCUCGACAGACUCGUGGCGGAGCAAGGAACGGAUCGUGCUGGCAUUUGCAAAGCGUUCAUGGGUCGAUAUGAUGACCUCACGCCCGACAGCCAAGAUGUCCCCUAUGGCAACGCAGAACGCGCCGCCUUCCAAGGUAUCGUGGAGCGGCUGUCAGUCAUCAUGGCGCUCGGGAAGCAUCGUGAGACGAAUACCCAAAGCCGACCCCAGAGGUCCGAUCUCGAGCGAUACAUUCUAGCCUUUCCGCUCUUCUGCUCCGGCCUGUUUCUGGACAUGAUCACCGCAAACGACCCGAGAGCACUGACUGUACUGUAUCACUUUUACGAGACCUCGCGGCUGCUUCUCGCAGAGGAAACCACGUGGUGGGCGUCUGACAGACUCAAUGCCAUGCCGAAGCUGAUCGAGCAAGAGAUGCAUAGGCGGCACAUGGAGCCCUGGGCGGUAGGAUUCGGGCCUUGCAAAGCAGCGUGA